ACGGAAUAGUUGCUGCCGAGCGUCCAAGCGCUGCGGGACGCGAGAUUUUUUCCUGUUACGUCGUUGAAAAGCCCGCGCGCAAGCUUUGUUCGUGUUGUUUUUAGUGGGCUCUCCACUCUGAUGUCUUGUGCUGUGCCUGCAAACUGUUGCCUGAGCUCUAACUAAUUGGCCCUCAGCAGCAGCAUCGCGCAUCGGACAUCGAACAUCGAACAUCGUCAGCAGCAUUUUGGCAAUGUUUGACAGAGGAUCUGCGCCAGCUACUGAAUCGUAUGGCAGCAACGGCAACGUCAACGUCAACGGUUACCCUUUCAAAGAAUAUGACACUGCAGUCCCAGUCCCAGAGGAGAUAGAAAAACUGAGAAGCAGCAAAAACGGAAACAGAAACAGAAACGGAAAGAAAAGCCACAGAGAUAAGAGAACAGACUGCUCAACGCUGCAGUCAAUCGAUGAGCAUUACGUCUGUGACAUUGCCAUGAUGCGAAUCGCUGGAGAGGAGCCGCUGGGGGCCGCCAGACCAGCUGUCGAUGACUCAGAAUUGCUGACGGUUCCGCAGAAUGAAAUCCAUGCCAGCACAGAAAGUACAAAUGAUGAAGCGAACGAGCUGGAAAUCGAUCGCCAGGAGGAGGAGCAGGUGGUCAGCGAUCUGGUGCGAUCGAGUAGCGCCGGCGCCCUAAUGGAGGGGGACAGCAACAAUGGGGGCAGCAUGCGCGUGGUGUUUGGCAUACUGGUGCGUCUGGUGCUGCCACUGGCGAAUGGUGUGGCGCGUGGCAUCCAGGGCAUACGCGAUGUGCGUGUGCUCCGUGUGCUGCAGAAUCUGGCCUCCAGCAGGCAGGCCCUCACCCAUCUGGUGGCCUUUGCCGCCAAUACAAUUUCAAUGAAUUUGUCCUCAGUGCAGGUUUCGAAUCGGCUGGGACCGCUGCUGAAGCUGCUGAAAAUGCGCAGGACGCAGGAUGGCUUGGAGAGUCUGCCCGACACCCUCACUGCGCCCAGCACGCCCUGUACGCCCUGUGGUCCCAUGCAGGGUCCACCCAUUUUUGGCAUACGUUCGGAUGCGCCCAGCUGUUGCACCAUCAACAUACUGGCCGAACCGCCGCCCGGUGAACCGAUUCGGGCCGACAUUGUGCUGAUCCAUGGCCUGCACGGAUCGCUGGUGAAUACCUGGAAGCAGGGACUCUGGCAGAACGAUCGCAAGCCGGUGGAGUUUGACCGUCCGCCGCGUCCGCCAGUGAGACCGCCCAAGCGACCCCGCCAUUCCCGCAGUGCAGCCAUUCAUCCAGCGCCCAGAGAGAAGAGAGCCAAAUUCACCUCCCUAAACCGCUUGGCGGACACGCACAGCCCCGAGGAUGUGCCUGUGCGACAUAGGCUGCGAUUGAAGCAGCCAGUGGAAACGCCGCCGGAGGAGUUCAAUUUCAAUGCUUCCGAUAGCGAUGAUGCCGAUGACUUUGCCUACUUGUGCGGUGGCCCCGAGGACAUACAGAUAUGCGAGGGAGUCGAGUACAGUUUUCCGACGUUCCGCCUGCGCAUGCAGGACAACAACAGCCGCCUCCGGCAGGGCGAACUAGAGUCCAUGCUCAGUGGCAUUGGCAAUGGCAAUGAGAACGAGAGCGAGGAAACCAAGAAGCGGCCGUUUACCCCAAGUGCUGCGCCGCGCAAAUCCAGCAGAAAGAAUAAGCCCUCGCCCAACGAUCCAAACUACUCCACAUGCUGGCCCGGCGACUGGCUGCCCCUGGACUGUCCCGGCGUUCGGGUCAUAGCCAUCAACUACACCACCGAUCCGUAUCUGUGGCGUCCGCUGUGGAAGAGAAAAGAGCCGCGCUCCAAUUUGUUUCAACGCUCCCGGGAAAUGGCCGAACUGCUCAUCCAGCAUCGCGUGGGACACGGCCAUCCCAUCAUCUAUGUGGGCCACUCGAAGGGCGGACUGUUCAUCAAGCAGCUGAUUGUGGAUGCCUGGGAGUGCGGGCGUCCCGCCAUGACGCCGCUCUGGCGCUCAGCACGCGGCUGCUUUUUCUACUCGGUGCCGCAUCGUGGCUCCCAUUUGGCGAGCAUCAAGGCGCCACUGCUCUCCCGUUCCGUGGAGCUGCUGGAGAUUGAAAAAAACAAUAAGUAUCUCUUGGAUCUGCAUCGGCGAUUUGCUGGGCUAUAUCAUCUGGGUCAUCUGAAGAUCGAGGUAUUUAGUUUUGUGGAGACGGCCCUGACGCUCAUGUCCGUGCUUUACCUGCGCAUUGUGGGCGUGGAUUCAGCGGAUCCUGGAUUCGGUGAUGUGUGCGGCAUACGGCUGGAUCAUCGCGAGAUAUGCAAGCCUCGGGGACGUGAUUGUAUAUUGUACAAAGAGCUGGUGAAAAUGAUUGAGAAGGUGUGCUGACGAGCUGCACGAAAAAUACAUACAUAAAUUAUUGUGCGAGGACCUGAUAUUGUUGUAAUCGAUAUGUGAAUAGGAUGGCCAACUGUGAGAGGAUGCCACAAGAAUUAUGCGUACCUAAAUGUGAUGCCCCCGCGGGGCACGCGUCGUCUUAGAGCGUCGCGUCGCUUUGUGUUUUUUUAAUAGUGCAUAGCAUAUUGAAUAUUUUCACUAAUUUUACAUAGUUCGCUUAUCCAUAGCUCAAGUUAGUUAGUUAGUUAGUUAUAUACACGUUUUGUUUUUUGAUUCUAGUUAAGGUGCCGCCACCCAAUAGCCGAAACAGGUACAGACACGCUUAAGCAUGCCCCAUUCUCGGGCAUCCAAUGAUAAUUAUUUUGCAAUUUUGUUUGUGAUCGAUUGUGAUCAUCUUGUGGCACUUUGUUCUAGUUGAUGUUCACUCGAUCCCAUCCCCCCGUGAAUACAUUAUUGAUAUUGUACCAUUUACUAUACUAUACUAUAUAUAUAUAUAUGUAUAUAUUGUAUGUACAUUUAGAUAUCGCUAGUUCUUUAAAUGUCUAUAUCUAUAUAUUAUAACUACAAGCAAAAUCCUACACCGCUGUAAAACGUUACCAACGACUAAAAAAAAACAAAUGAAUGAAUGUAUAUGUGAAUUCCCCAGAUUACUAAACCAAUCGAUGUUUUAUACCUAUUUGAUAAGUGUGAAUACUAAUAAA